AUGGAUGGGUACAAGCUUUGGUACUUGGGGAGUGAUAGGCGUAGGAAUGUAGUUGGCAUCUUAGUAGAUAAAGAACUUAGAGGGCAAGUAGUGGAGAUUAAGAGGGUCAACGAUAGGCUGCUGACAAUUAAGUUAGUCAUUGGGGGAUAUACUUUGAAUGUGUGUAGUGUUUAUGCGCCUCAGGUGGAGUUGGAUGGGGAGGAGAAAAAGCAGUUUUGGGAGGCUUUGGACGAGGUGGUAAGAGGCAUGCCUAGCUUUAAGAAGAUUGUUGUAAGAGGGGAUUUUAAUGGUCACAUCAGGGUGGUAUCAGGGGGCUAUAGCGAUGUGCAUAGGGGUUAUGGUUUUGGGGAGAGGAAUGAUGAGGAAGUUGCUUUAUUGGAUUUUGCGAGGGCUUUUGGGUUGGUAGUAGUGAAUUCGAGGUUUCUGAAGAAGGAAGAUCACCUGGUCACCUUCCAAAGCAUAAUAGAUAAGACACAGAUUGACUUUUUGCUACUUUGGAAGGGGGAUAGGGUGUUGUGCAAGGAUUGUAAAGCCAUCCUGGGUGAGAGCCUUUUGACCUAA